AUGACCGGAGGAGGGGGUGCAGCUGAGGGAUCAUCCAGCCCGAGGACAAUGUGUGGCAUCCCCGCGCGUCUGGUGCUGAUGCUGCUCCUCUGCGCGCUGCCUCUGGAGCUCAGCAGGUCACAGUCGGUCUGUCCCGGGCCCAUCGCCUCCACCGGCGGCUGCAGCUGCACAGACGAACGCCCCAAGGGCCACAGUGUCCAGGCACCGGGGAGAAGAGUGAGCUGCAGCAAAGAAGAGCUUUCUGAGCCUCCAGCUCCCGGUGUGCUGCCCAACAAGACCGUCACGCUUGUCUUGAGUCACAACAAAAUCAGAGUUCUGAGGAAUGGAUCUUUCAUUGGACUGACUGCUCUGGAAAAGCUAGACCUCAAGCACAACUUAAUCAGCACCAUCUUUCCGGGCGCUUUCCAAGGACUGACUGAGCUACGGAAACUGGACCUAUCCAACAACCGCAUUGGCUGCCUGACUGCGGACAUGUUCCAGGGACUGACCAAUCUUACUAAACUGAACCUCUCCGGCAACAUCAUAUCUACAGUGGAUGCAGUAGUGUUUCAGGAGCUGCCGUCCCUCAAGCAAGUAAACUUCAACUCAGAUUACCUGGUGUGUGACUGUGGGAUGCGCUGGCUGCCGGCGUUCUUCCGCAGCAGUUCAGUCCGACUGAGUGAUGAGACCCUGUGUGCCUUUCCCAGCAGCCUGAGCGGGAAGCCUCUGAGAGGACUGAGCGAGAGCCAACUGACCUGUGAUGGUCCUGUGGAACUGCACACCCAUUCUCUGCUCCCAUCCCAGCGUCAAGUGGUUUUCAAAGGGGAUCGCCUGCCCUUUCAUUGCACUGCUGCUCUGGUGGAUAAAUCCACAUCUUUGUACUGGCUGCAUAAUGGUCGGAUAGUGACCUUGGACUCUGACUUGAGCAUCCAACUAGAGAGCAGUGUGGUUCAUGAUUGCACCUUCAUCACAAGUGAACUUCUUCUCUACGAUGUUAAUGUGGAGGCCAGUGGAGAAUGGGAGUGUGUGGUGGUCACUGGGCGUGGCAACGUGUCCCGUAGUGUCGAAAUAGUGGUGUUGGAGAACAGUGCCUCCUUCUGCCCCGAGGACAAAGUCAUAAACAACAGAGGAGAGUUCAGAUGGCCAAAGACUCUUGCUGGCAUCACAUCUCAUCAAUACUGUCUGCAGCUGCGAUACCCGUCCUUGUCAGUAGAGGGAGGCAUGGAACAGAAGAAAGCCUCUCGCUAUUGUGACCGCUCAGGCAGAUGGCUGGAGGGGAACUACAGCAGCUGCCACUACACCAAUGGCAUUACCCGUGUCCUCCAUACAUUUAUCCUGAGACCAAUUAAUGCAUCCAACGCAGUGACUAUGGCUCAUCAAAUUCGCACAUACACACAGGAAGCAGCUGGUUUCACUGACUCAGUGGAUGUCUUGUACGUUGCACAACUGAUGGACAAGUUUAUGGAAUAUGUUGUUCAAUUGCGAGAGUUAUCAGAGCUGUUGGUUGAGAUGGGCAGUAACUUAAUGCAGGUGGACGACCAGAUUCUGGCUUUAGCCCAAAAAGAGAAAAAGGCCUGCAGCUCCAUUGUUUACUCUUUGGAGACACUUGCUUGGCCUCAGCUCCAUAGUCACGCUCAAGACCUUUCUAUGGGAUCAAGAAACAUAGUGAUGGAGGCUCACUUGAUUCGCCCCGCCCAUUUUACUGGCAUCACUUGUAUUGUGUAUCAACGGCGUGAGGUUUCCGUGGAAAAUAUAGGAGUCGACACAACAGAAGGCUCCCAAGAAAAUCCGUUACGUUUCAGAUGCAUAACUGGAGCUCAUAACACAUCUUUGAACAAUUUUCCAUUAAAGAACUCCAUGGCUCUGGCCUCAGUAACUAUCCCUCCAACUCUGUUUCCUCCUGAUGCACCGGACGACUGCAAACUUCAGUUCAUUGCAUUCAGAACUGGCAGCUUUUUCCCUGUCUCUGGGAACUCCAGUAGCACUGGAGAGCAUGCACGCAGACGCAUUGUCAACACUCCAGUCAUUUUUGUUGGACUUGAUGGCUGCAAAAUGUGGAACCACUCUGAGGCCAUCAGAGUCUCUUUGCGCCACUUGUCCCCUGGCACAGACGCAAUACCAGCUCACUGGACCUGGACAGAGCUAAGGAGGCAGGCGGGCUGGAGCCAGGAAGGCUGCCAUCUGCUUCAGACUGACAGCAGCACUAGCACAAUGCAAUGCUCACUACUCAGCAAUUAUGCAGUGCUGCAGGAGGUUCCUGACUUCCCCAAUUCAGCCUCUUUAUCUGUGACAGUGCUCCACCCGGUGGUGUAUGCUUGUACUGCUGUCCUCUUGCUAUGCCUUUUUACAAUUAUAAUAACACACAUACUUCAUCACAGUUCGAUCCAGAUAUCAAGAAAAAGCUGGCAUACAUUAUUAAACACAUGCUUCCACAUUGCUAUGACCACAGCAAUCUAUGCAGGGGGUGUUGGUCUGACAAGCUACCCAGUGGUUUGUCAAGCUGUUGGCAUUGCCUUACAUUACUCAUCACUGUCGACUCUGCUGUGGAUCGGAGUCAGUGCCAGGGUCAUUUUCAAAGAAACACUAUGGAGACUGCCUCGGCACCAUGACGGUGAAACCACAGCUCCUCCCACGCAGCGGCCAAUGCUCAGGUUUUAUUUAAUUGCUGGUGGAGUUCCUCUCAUAAUAUGUGGAAUCACUGCAGCUGUCAAUGUCAACAACUACGGUGACAAUAGCCCCUACUGCUGGCUGGUGUGGCGCCCAAGUCUGGGUUCCUUCUUUGUCCCAGCAAGCCUAGUAGUCUUUGUGACCUGGAUCUACUUCCUAUGCACAGUGUUUCGCCUGCGGCAACGUGUGACCAAAGAAUGCACAGGAACCACCCUGUCCUCCCCAGUGACUGAGAGCCAGCCGGCUUUGGCAGGAAGUACCAGCCUCCUCUCCACGGACUCAGCAGUUGGUCCCAUAAUUCUGGUUGUGGAAGACCAAUACUCUCUGAAGACACAGUUUACUGUUCUGGUGACCACCCAUUUCCUGUUUGUGCUUCUGUGGAGCUGUGGGGCAAUGGCAGUGUGGCUGACAGGAAACACUGGCCUGUUGUUCAGCUGCCUCUACAGUGUUUCUGCCAUAGUUCUAGGGGUGAUGCUUACGGUUCACCACUGUUUUCGCCGUCAAGACGUCCAGGCUGCAUGGCAGGGAUGUUGUCCUGGCUAUCAGCGCGCUCACGCGUCCUCUACAUACACACACACGUGCACUACGGGGAGUGGAGUGCACACCUCAGAGCAGGGAUCUCAAAUUUUCAUUAAUUGCCAUCCACCAGUUGACUUGCACCACUCCUCCUCCGCACGAUCCUCCUCCACUCCCAGUGGCAUCAGCAGUGUGGGCCCUGGCCCCUGUAAACUCACCAACCUGCUACAAGUGACACAGGACACUUCAAACAACACCACACGUCCAGUGGCAAAUGUUAGCACAAGUACAGACAAUAUGAGCAAACAUGCAAAUAACAUUGCCCCAUCUGUUACCUCUGCCCCUGUGCACCCACAAAGGAGGAAAAUCACCAGCAGAAAACAGGCAAACAGCCAGUAUCACCACCGCGGUGAGGGAAGGGCACACUACCGCCACAAAGCCCUGCGAACUGCUGCUACAGGGGGGAGCCUCGGGACGUUAGGGCCCCCAGGCAUGGACCUUCUAAACUCUUCACAUGUAGUACAUAAACAGGCCAGUGAAAAUGGCAGCAUCCACCACAGUCUGACUGAGAGCCAUGGCUGCCCCCUGACCAAUGGGAAGCGCCAUGAUUCUGUGCCUACGAGCUUCUCAGAGGGAAGUGAUGGGGGCAGCAGCGGCAGCAGGAAACCUUUUGCCCUGCUCCCCUCCGCAGCCAGCCGAGCAACAUACAGUAAUCAGAGACGCUGUGCGAGUAGAGACAAUGUCAAACUGGCAGCCGUGGGCGAGAGGGACGGGAAGCGCUGCUCCUACCCUUUAAACUGUCUCCCGACCGCUGUACCUGCCACUGCCAAUGGAACCCUGAAAAACUGUGUGUUUGAGCUGGAGCAGGACAUGAGUGGCACAGAGCACUCUCAUUCCUCAGGAAUGAAAAUGGUGAGCGGGACUGUCCUCCACGGUGCGAGGCGGAGGGCGUAUUGCGACACCGACCUGCGCUUCCUGAUACAAGACUUUAAACAUGCGAAAGAUCUGCGCGCAAAGGGGAAAAAUGGCACAAAUGACGCCUAUGCCAUUAUUCAAGUCGCCAAAGACAAGUUUUCCACCACCGUGGCAGAGAAGAGUGUGUCUCCAGUUUGGAAAGAAGAAGCGACGUUUGACCUGCCACUUUUCCACCCGGGGAAUGCUGACCGCUGCACACUGUACAUCAUAGUGAUGCACAAGGCCCAUGUGGGACUGGACAAGUUCCUUGGACAAGCUGUGGUCAAUUUAUUGGAGUUACAUGACGACAAGGGCCGCAAAAGGACAGAUUGGUUCAAGCUGGUGGACAAAGCCAGUAAAGAGGACAAGGCUCGAGGGCAGGUUUUGAUCGACAUCCAGUUCAUGAGAAACAACAUCUCGGCCAGCAUGUUAGACCUGUCAAUGCAGGACAAGCCUCGCUCUCGCAUCUCCAAAAUCAAGGACAAAGUGCGCGGCAAGAAAAAAGACGGCUUUUCUGAUUCAGCGUCUGCCAUUGUGCCUUCUGUCAGCCAGGUCCUCACCGACAGCGAGGGAGAGGGGGAUUCCGCCUCGCUCAGCCAAUCGCCAGGAGUCAAAAAGAAAUCUAAAUUUAAAACGUUAUUUGCUCCAAAAUCAAAUCUACAGCGUAAUGUUUCUCAGUCUAUGUCCACUCUGGGUACACUGCCGGAGAAGAACUCGUCCCUCAGUAGCAGUCGGUCGUCCGGGCUCAAUGUUGACUCUCCUGACGUUAAGAAGAAAUUCAAAUUCCUGGGCCACAAGCGAACAGGCAGCUCUGACAGCAAAGUUUCCCAAGGCCCUUUCUCAUUACUGAGCCGCUCUAAGCAAAGUGAUCUGAAUAACUUGUGCAUUAAUGGCAGCCAUGUUUAUGCUGAAGAGGCCGAGGCAAAGACAGGUUCUACCAUGAGUCUCAACAGCUCCGGACAUGGGUCUGUGGAAGACAUCAGAAAGCAGCACUUUGAUAUCCCUGUGGAUGUCCCAGUGGAUGUACCAACACAUUCAAGCAGCCAGUUCACAGAUAGGGCCUUAUUAGACAAACAGCGCCAUCAAGAGGAGCAGAGGAGAAUAGUGGAGGCCAAAAGACAAGAGGAGGAAGAUAGGAGAAGAAUAGAUGCUUUAAGACUGCAACAAGAAGAGGAAAGACGGUACCAGGAGGAGCAGGAGAGAAAGAGGCAGCAACUGGAAGAUGAUGCCAGGAGAAGAAAGCUCAGAGAGGAGGAGGAGAUGAUGAAAAAUAAGGAGGAAGAGCAGAGGAGGGCGGAGGAGGUGCAGAAGCAGGAGCUGUUGAAAGCAGAGGAACAAAAGAAACAGGAGGAGGCGUCGAUGAGCGAGCGGCUGACGUCUCUUUUUGGGAUGAUCCGUAAAAAGGAGGAGAAGAAGGAGGUGUUGGUGGUUCCUGAGUUAAAUGAGAAGCUGCCCGAAUCCAUGAUGAAGACUGAAGACCAGCUAGUCUCACAGCAGUCCAUCAAUCCUUUUGUGGAGGUCUCACUUAGCACCAACGACAGCUCUAUUCCGGAGUCCAAAGCCAAAAGCAGCACUCCCAUCCCCUCCGCCAUGGUGUUCCUCAACCGCACAGCAAAAGUCAAACCCAGAGAAGACCCGUACCCAGUCACUUCUACAGCGCCCUUUGACCCCCUCCCCGUGGUGGUGGAGGAACCAGCGCCUAGUGGUUUGAUUGGAAGCAAGGCCCCGAUUCGUGCAUGGGUGUCACCUUCUGAGGUUCAGCCGGUCAGUGUCCAGACUAGCAGUGGAGGUGGGCUAGCUUUGUCCCAACGCAGACCACAUCCUGUUAAGCCGCUGAACCCAGUGGAUACACACCAACCAUCAAGCACCCCUGCUAUUACGGAGAUUACAGUUCAAGAUAUUGCACCUUCCAAAUUCAAGGUGUCUGGAUCUUCUGAAACUGGGCCGUUCACUCAGCUAACACAGGGAGAGCUGAUCACACUGGUGGUGAAACAGCAGGCAGACUUGUCAAAGAAGGAUGCUAAGAUUGCGGAGCUGGAGGAAUACAUAGACAACCUGCUGGUGCGUGUGAUAGAGGAGAAGCCCAGCAUCCUGCACUCCUUAGAGGCUAAACCUCAAUAA